AACGUCUACAAAUACAAAAUAAAUUAAUAAUAUAAAAUUAGUAAACAUAAUUAAUAUUGCCACAUAUUCGUGAACUUCGGACUCCCAAUUCGUAAGAAACCUCGAAAAUGCGCUACUACAACAAACGUCAAAGAAACAAGAUAAGAUAAAAAAAUACCAUCUCUGUAAUAUCAACCUUAAUUUUUAUUCCCAAUAUUUUUAAUCUUCAUCUAUUGUGAAGUUAAUAUAAGAUUCUUCUUAUCAUUCUUAUUUUGAUUGGCAGCACAUAAAAUUGACCGAUCUUUCAUUCGUAAUUCGUUCACUAAUUGACAGUUGAAAUAAAAAAAUGGUACUGUUUCUCCGCAAAAGUUACGGUUUGGUCAACAAGGUUGCAAGUCGGUUUGUCCAAGGCAGUUUUUUGUCCAGCACAAUGGGCAGCUCAUAUUCAAGAUCCUACUCCCCUAACAGCGGACAAUGUCCACCAGACCCCGAAAACCGUGGCACAAUAUCGCGCAUGGAGUCCAGCACGAAUUACGUUGAGUCCGUAGUCUGCAAUGAAAAUGACCUGAAGGAAAAUGAAAUGAAAGUUUUCGACAUUGGAGAAGAAGGGAAAGUAUUGCUUGUGAAGCAAAAGGGUGAAUUUAGCGCAGUGGGCACCACGUGUACUCAUUAUGGCGCACCACUCGUGUCUGGUGCUUUAGGAGACGGAAGAAUUCGCUGCCCAUGGCACGGAGCCUGCUUCAACAUAAAAACUGGAGACAUUGAAGACUUCCCUGGCUUCGAUUCGCUGCCUUGCUACCAAGUUACUGUAACGGAAAAGGGAGAAGUCAAGGUAAGGGCUAAGCGCACCGAUUUGAAGUCUAAGAAACGUAUCAAGGAUAUAGGCGUAGCGAACCAGUGCGACAGUUCUGUAGCGGUAAUCGUGGGCGGCGGCCCCUCCGGAGCCACCUGCGCUGAAACACUACGCAGCGAGGGCUACAAGGGACGCAUCACCAUGGUUGCUAAGGAGAACUACCUCCCAUACGACAGAAUUAAGGUCUCAAAGAUCGGUGCCGUCACAGAUAUAGAAAAACUACAAGCAAGGUCUCAACAGUAUUACGACGAAGCUAGCAUCGAGGUAAUCAAGGGGGUCGACGCUACUAAAGUCGACACCCAAGAGCAUAUUGUACACUUGAGCAAUGGAACCAAACUACGCUACAAUUCGUUGUACUUAGCUACUGGCUCCACUCCACGUGUGCCAGAUAUCCCUGGCAUAGAUUUAAAGAACAUCUUCACAGUUAGAAACUUUGAUGAUUCUGUUAACAUUCUGAACACGUUGGGUACCAACAAAGAUAAGGAUGUUGUGGUAUUGGGCUUGAGCUUCAUAGGAUUAGAAAGUGCGGCCUCUUGUAACGAUAAAGCCAAGUCGAUGACUGUAGUUGGCAAAGACACUACUCCGCUUGGACAAAUAUUCGGCCACGAGAUAGGAAGUAGUUUACAAAAAUUGUUCGAAAGUAAAGGCGUCAAAUUCCAGUUUAAUACCACUGUUGUCAAAUGUAAUGGUGAAAAUGGUGUGAUAAAAUCUGUAGAAUUGUCCAAUGGCACCACACUUCCUGCUGAUAUGUUGAUAAUAGGCGUGGGAACAACAUUUAAUACGGGUUUCUUGAGCGAUAGCGGAAUUAAAAUGGAGGGAAAUGGUGCGGUUACCGUAAACGAUAAGUUAGAAACCACUGUCAAAAAUGUGUUUGCGGGUGGCGAUAUCGCUUGUGCGCCCGUGUACGCUCAUGGCAAUAAAAAUUUGAGCAUCGGGCAUAUCGGCUUAGCUCAAUACCAUGGCCGUAUUGCUGCUUUGAACAUUUUAAAGAAAGAUACGCCAUUGAAGACGGUUCCGUUCUUCUGGACUCUAUUAUUCGGAAAAUCUAUCCGUUAUGCUGGUUGCGGAAAACCAGCAAGUACUCAGAUAGAAGGAGAUGUAGAUGGUCUUAAGUUUGUUAUCUUCUUCUUUGAUGAGGCUGAAAAAGUAAUAGCUGUUGCUUCCUGUAUGAGGGACCCAGUGGUCGCUCAGUACGCUGAGUUUGUGCACCAAGGUAAAACUCUCUACAAGAAGGACCUCAAAGACGAUCCUUUUGCGUGGACGAAGAGCAAUUAGUCAAUAUUUCCAUUAUAUUAUCUAUUAGAUUAGCAAAUAACCGUUGUAUUUAUUAUGAUGUCAAGAAACUUAUUCAUAUAUCUUCUUAGAAGUUUAAGUACCUAUCCGGUAAUAUUAUAUACCUAGAGUUAUUUAUGUGUAAGUUUAUUUACGCUUUUAGUAGUAUGUACCUAUUUAUGCGUUUAUUUUGCUGUCUGUUUUAAAAAUGCUUGAAUUGUGAUUAUUGUUCAGUCACAUAUAAAAUAAUUCUAAGGGCCGUACAGACACAUGAUAUAAAAAUUAAUCAUUAUUGGUUAUAAAUAUUACUCUGUGCAGUUAUUUUGAUAUGUUUCGAAUUUACUAAGUAUUAAUAGUGUUAGAAACUCGAAUUUACGUUUUUAAUGAGAUUAUUUACUGAAAUUAAGACAAAUUUAAAUCGUGGCCUUAUAAAAUAUUUGUUUAUGUAAAACUCAUCUGCACAAUAUAGAUUCAUUCUUAUAUUGAACAUUUUAGGGGACCAACCACACGCCAUAAUAAUUAUUUUUCUAUAAAUUGUAUACCUAAGUGAAUUUUACAUAUUAUGCAUGUAAACACAGUUGUAUAUUUAUUUAAGUUUGAGUUAUUGCUUGCCUUUUCCUCUAAUAAUUUUAUUUUUGUCAAGUGUCAUCAAUACCAAGUACAUAAUUCAUAAAAAUUUCCAACCGGAAAAAUUAUACAAAAUGUUUGUGAAUACUUUUGUUAGUCACAAUUUUAUUAAAUUUUGUAAGCUCACAAGUACUUAAAACAUUGUAUUAAGGUAGGUAAAGUACAGAAAAAUAUAAAGUACAAAAUGCUAUUUCUACUCCGACUUUCCACGCAUAGCAGAAAUACCGAGACUCAUUAUUUUAGAUAAGUUGUCAUUAUUUAUACGAAUUUAAAAAAAGUUUUAUUGAGUAGUAGGUCACAGAUGUUCCACAAAAAAAAUAUUUUCUGUAGACCAGAUGUU